GAUUCACCAGGCCCGAUCCAUGUUUGCCCCAUUUAGAGGAGGAAAGAAAAGUAGGGCACGUGCGAUCGGAUCUCCUGAAAAUCGAUCGAUUUACUACUUACUAGUUGAUUCGCAUGAUUCGGAUCCAAAAUCAAGGAUCGAUCUGCACAUUUCGUCUCCAAUGGGAGUUGUAAUCGAGAGUGAAGUUUGGGAAAACAAUCAGCCACUGUCAAUAUUCAUAUUCGUAUCAUGCUUACUCUCUGUUUUAUGCUUGCCUCACAAUUCCAGCAGGAUCUCCACCGUUUUCGAUCAAUUACUUCCCUCUUCUUUGCUUCGCUUUCAGAGGAAUUUUCUUCUUUUAUUCUGUUUCUCAUCAGUAAUGGAAGGUAUGUGGUCAGUGUUUGGGGAGUACGAGAUGGCAUACUUUGGUGUAAGUAAGGAGCAAAUGGUGUCAUCUCUUAUCAUCGGUUCUGCAUCUGCACUCUUUCUUGGGACUGGUUUAGGCAUGCUAUCUGACUUAAUAGGUAGAAAGAAAAUUUGCUUGAUGUUUUGCGUUUUGCACCUUUUUGUCGCUAUCUGGAAGCGGCUUUUCUCACAUCCAAGCAUUUGGCUAGCAAGUGUUUCUCUCUCUCUAGCCAGUUCAAUAUUUUUAUUCGGUUUUGAAACAUGGAUGGUGACCGAGCAUGACAAGUUAGGGCACAGGCUGGAUUCGUUGAACGAAAUGUUUUGGCUAAUGACUUUUCUUGAGUCUGCUUCUUUGAUCGGGAGCCAAGUGGUUGCAAAUUGGUUGGUUAGUAAUGAGCUUAAGAAGAAUAUGUUUUCACCUUCCACUGCUACCGCAUUACUGGCGGUUGUAAGUAUCGUUUCCAUUGCGAGAGAAUGGCGGGAAUCUCCACCUGCAAGUAUUAAGGAUUAUCGGAUAUCACUGAACACACAUAUCUUCUCUGAUAAAAGAAUAUGGUUAUUGGGCUGGGCACAAUCUUGCGUUCAGUUUUCUGUUGCAGUCUUUUGGAUAUUAUGGGCCCCUACAAUAGUGGCUGAUGGACGGGAAGUUAAUCUAGGCAUGAUAUACCCGUGUUUGUUGGGAGCUAAAAUGUUAGGAAGCACAGCGUUUCCAUGGUUUAUAAACGGACCAUUACCUCUCCGCACCGAAGAUUGUCUAGUUUAUGCAUUUGUUAUAGCAGGCAUUGUUCUGUCUAUAGUAGCGUAUGAUUACCAGGAAAUUGGAAUUCUUGUCGGGCUUUUUUGCUUGUUUCAUGCUUGUAUCGGUUUGGUUUUACCUUCUUUGGCCCGGUUGAGAACUUUAUAUGUGCCGAAUGAGUUGCGUGGAGGAAUGAUUAGCCUUUCUCUAGCGCCCGCAAACGCAGCGAUUCUUUUAUGUCUGAUUCUGAGAGGUUACAGUGGGAGCAUUGAAAAUUCAACUAUAAUAGCAUUCGGUGCAAUCGGCUUAUUCUCAGCAGCUGGUUGCAUGCAUUUGUUGAAGCAAUCUGGCAAACACUCACCCCAUCAAAACUUUCACAAACACUAACUGCACCGUUAUCAUGAGCACCACACAUUUUGGGCUAACCUGUCACCUGACCCGGCUCAAUUGGGGAAGAAGACUGGAACCAACUUCAGUUUGGAAGUUACGCAGAAGCGUGGCAGCUGAACGAAAGACGGGUUAAGCUGUGUUUUGUCCAGGUGAAAUUUUGUGUAUAUUUGAAAGGAGUUAUAUAGUGACUGUUUCAAUUGAUUACUAGGGUUUGAAGAGAUGAGUUGGUAUAUUUUAGCUAAGAAUUUAAUAUUUUAACUGUAUUUUAUACAAGACUGGUAGUCUUUUAAGAAGAUAAAGGGUUGAUAUAAUUAAUUGUUUUUGUUAUUAA